AGCUCUCAGGGGCAAGGGGCCAGCGCGUCUUGCCAGCUCGAAGUGCCACGACUUCACAGCAGACCACGGAUCCAGCGGAGUGACGGGAGAACAGUGGGGGAAAAAGCAAGUUAGCUUGAUAGCAAGGGAAUAAAAAGCAGCUUCGCACCAAAGUCACUUCACCUCCAACUGCAAGCUUUUGUGCCCUCGAUCCGUCUCCCUUGAAGUAAGCAGACUUAGCUUCAUCCGCAGCGGAGUUUACUGAAACCAAAUGAUGGACAUCUAUGACCCCCAGACCCUUGGGAUUGUGGUGUUCGGUGGAUUCAUGGUGAUCUCUGCGCUUGGGAUUGCCCUCGUUUCCACUUUCUCCAUGAAGGAAACCUCUUACGAGGAGGCGCUAGCCAAACAGCGCAGAGAGCUGGGUAAGGUACAGACGGUUCGCUCCGACAAAAAGAAGAAAGACAAAGCAUCUGAGAAGAAGAGCCGUGGGAAGAAGAAAGACGACAAACCCAAUGGAAAGAUCCCGGAGCAGGAGAAGACCGAGGAGGCCGCUGAAGCCGACUCUGAAACGGAUGCGGCCGGCGAGCCUGCUGCUGCUGUUGCCCCACCACCGGCUGAAUCUGCCCCCCUUCCGGUCAUCCAGCCUGCCCCUACUGUGGAGGUGAAGUCAGACGUACAAACCAAAACUGCACCUGAACCCCCUGCUGUUGCUGAGCCGUCACCUGUGCCUUCACCUAAAGAGAAGAAGAAGAAGAAGGUGGCCAAGGUUGAACCAGCUUCGACUCAGCCCAUCUCGGCUGCUCCUGCACCUGCCAAACCUUCAAGUGCACCUGUGAAACCGUCAGUAGCACCUGCCAAACCUUCGAGUGCACCCGUGAAACCGUCAGUAGCACCUGCCAAACCUUUGAGUGCACCUGCACCCGCAAAGUCCUCGGCGACUCCUGCACCUGUGAAACCUUCAGGUGCACCUGCCGCAAACCAGGCUCCACCAUCUGCCCCGGCCAAAGCUCCUGCCCCCAAGUCUGUGCCGGCACCAACAAAAUCUGCCCCUCCGUCUGCCAAGUCAGCUCCAGCUUUGACCCCUGCCCCAGCCAAAUCUGCCCCAGCCCCAGCCAAGUCGACUCCUGCCCCAACCAAGCCCGCCCCUGCACCCACCAAGGCUGCUGCAGCCCCAGCCAAGUCUGCGGCACCCUCGUCUAAAAUGGCGCCGGUGUUGGAGGCGGUCAUCAAAGAAGUCCCGGUCAUGGCGGUUCCCCCGGUGGGAUCUUCACAGGGACCUGCUGCUGCCGCCAAAACUCAGGAGCCCAAGAAGAAGGCUUCCAAGAAGAAGUCUGAGCCUGCUUCUGCAGCGGCAGCUGUGGACUCUGCUGAGGCUCCUCUGUACCUGCCUUACAAGGCUCUGGUGUCCACCAUCAGCAGCAUGAUGUUCAGUGAGGGGGAAGCACACAGGCUCAUUGAGAUCCUGUCAGAGAAAGUGGGGAUCAUCCAGGACACCUGGCACCGGGCCAGUCAGAAAGGAGAUCCGGUGGCUGUGUUGAAGAAGCAGCUGGAGGAGAAAGACAAACAGCUGUCAGUGGAGCAGGAGGAUGCUUCUGCUGUCAAGAACCGUCUGAGAGAACUCACCAAGGAGCUUUCUGCUGAGAAGUCCAAAGUGGCCAAUGUGGAAACCAAACUCAGCUCUCAGCUGAGCAAGAGGGAGCAAGAAAUGAUCGCUCUGCAGGCCCGCAUGCAGGCCAGCUACCAGGACCACGUGGCCCAGACGCAGCGGCUCAACGCCAAGAUCCUGAGUCUGCAGGAGCAACUGGAAAAAGGGCCCAAUGCCCAACUGGCUCGUCUGCAGCAGGAGAACUCCAUCCUUCGAGACGCACUCAACCAGGCCACCAGUCAAGCUGAAAGCAAACAAAACGCAGAGCUAGCCAAGCUCCGCCAGGAAUGUGCAAAGUUAACCAAAGAGCUGGGAGAGAAGACUGAGAGUCAGCUCGCUGAAGAACACGCCAGGAAAGGGCUGGAGGCCAAAGUCUCUGCUGCCGAGAAGCAGCUGUCGCAGCUACAGGCCAGCCACAGCGACCAGGAGCAGGCGUUGCAGAAAAGGUUGGACGAGGUGUGCGAGGAGCUCAGAGCGACCCAGAGCAGAAACGUCAGCCUGCAGGCCACUUUAGACAAAGCCCAGCAGGAAGGCAGCGCGCUCUCAGAGUUACAGGCUCAAACAGGGAGACUGGAGGCGGACAUCCGAGAGCGCUCUGCUCAGGUGGAGACCCUCACUGCUCAGCUGGAGGAGACCCGGGAGGAGAAAAGCCAGCUCACGCUGAAGGUAGCCUCCAUCACCUCCCUGCUGGAGGCCAGUCAGAACAAAAAAGAGGAGGAAAGCCAAAAGCAGGAAGACUCUGCAGAGCUGGAACAUCUGAAGCUCAGCCUUGCAGAGAGAGAGUCUCAGCUGAGCGCGCUCCAAGAGGAGCUGAAGCAGCUGCAGACAAAACAGGAAGUGGCUGAAAAAAAUGUGGCAGAGCUCGAGCAAAAAAAGAGUGAGGACUCCAGCCUGGUCUCAUCGCUUCAGGAUGAACUUCAGCGCCUUAAAGAGGAGAUGCCGCAACUUCAGAACACAUCGUCACAUGCUUCAUCAGAACUGGCACUUCUACAGUCUAGUCUGACUGAGAGAGACGCCCUCGUUACAUCACUGCAGGCGGAGCUGAGAGAGGCGAGGGAAAAGUCUGCAGCAGACGCACAGGAAGCUUCGGCACAACUGGCAGAAUUUCAGAAUAAGACCAAAGAGACUCUCAAGUCCAUGUUCCCUCAAAUCUCAGUGGACACAGAGCAGCUCGACUGGUUCCAAGUAUUUACCCAGAAAGCUCAGGAAGUUCUCAUCCAGCAGAGCCAACAGUCGACCACAGAGAUGCCAGAUCUGUCUGAGAAAGUGAAGGAGGCAGAGGAGAGCCAGCGCUCCCUGCAGGCUGAGUGUGAGCAGUACAGGACAGUUCUGGCCGAAACGGAAGGAAUGCUGAAGGAUCUACAGAAGAGCGUGGAAGAGGAGGAGCAGGUGUGGAAGUCCAAGAUGACGAACUCAGAGGAGCAGUUGAAGGAGGCUUUGGAGAAGGUCAGCAGGAUGGAGGCAGAAAACCAAAGUAUCCAGAAGUUGAAUGAGCAGGUGAUGCUUCUGGAGGCUCAGCUGGAGAAGCAGUCAGACAUCCUGGUGACCUCAGAGGAGCUGGAGGAGCUGAAGCUGCAGCUGGCAGACAGUCAGAGUCGGCUGGAUUUGGCCCUGAAGGAGGCGCAGGCACACAAGGAGGAGCUUGGACAGGUCAGGGAGCAGCUGAGCGAGAUCACAAAGCGGGCUCAGGGAGAGCAGAACGGCCCGGCUGAGGCUGAACCUAGUCAGGCACAGACGACCAUAGGGGAGCUGAAGGCCCAGCUCGAGCUCCUAAAAGCUUCUGAGGAAUCUCCUCAGUCCGACACAGAAGACGUAUCUCAACUGAAGGAGCGCCUGGAGAAGGAGAAGAAGCUGUCCAAAGACCUGGGCCAAGCAGCCACCAAACUCCAGCAGCUUCUCAAAGCCACUCAGGAGCAGCUGACCAAAGAGAGGGAGACUGUGAGAACAUUACAGGAACACCUGGAGGGCAAGGGGGAGUACGUGGAACUGAAGGAAGGCACGUCCGUCUGAGAUGAAGAUCUUUGCAAACACUAAAAAAUCUACCAAAAAGGCCUUAUGGAUUCCAAAAAUUUCUUUCUUGUACUGUAGUUGAUCGCAUUUGUAGGACUUGAUCAUUUCAGAGUAAGAUUAGAGAGAAUCCUGCUGUAAUCUGAAACCCACAUUCCAUCUUCAACUGUCAGGAAUUAUUUAUGCCUUAUAUUACACCCCCCACCCUAUAGUUCAGUGUUAAAAGGGAAACCGGAUGUACGUGGGACGUGCAUCAACCUGUGCAAUUACUUUGUAUGUCUUUUCUAUGUGGUUGAAUGACGGGAACAUUUUAUGGUCUAUCCAUACAGUACUCUGUAGCUGGCUGACAUGGUUUUUGUAUGAAUGAAUAAACUACAGUGUAGCACUAA